UCUUGUGUGUCACAAACUGGAAACAGAAAGAUAGUUAAAGUUUUGUACUUGACAAAAUGAAGAAGUUGUUGCUGUUUGUGAUCGUGAUUGUGUUCGUGGUAGGAUCGUUGGCUCUUGAUGUUCAAGAUGCGUGUGUGAGUUUCCCUUGUGUGAAUGGUGGAGUCUGCAAUGCUGUACAAGGCUCAAGUACUGACUAUACAUGCGAUUGUCAAGGGUGCUUUGCUGGCAGUAACUGUGAAACAAGUUUGAACCCAUGUAACCCCGAUCAAUGCGUGAAUGGUUUCUGUGUAUCAUCUACUACUGAUCCAUGCAAUCAAUAUGAGUGUGUAUGCGAUUUCUGCUAUGAGGGAACCAACUGUGAUGUCGCCAAGAACCCAUGCAACGUGAACCCAUGUAACAAUGGCGGAGAAUGCGUUCAGGAUCCUAAUUUCUGUCCGAGUUACACCUGUACAUGCCCCCCUUGCUAUCAAGGUGUCAAUUGCGAAUUCAGAGUGGACCAGUGCCGGACCAGUCCUUGUCAGAAUGGGGGUGUGUGUGCUGCUGAUGCUAAUAUAUGCACCGAUUAUACCUGUGAUUGCCCCGAGUGUUUCUAUGGUGACAACUGCGAAACUCGUGUGAACCAGUGUAUGCCUAAUCCAUGUAAUAACAAUGGUUUCUGCUCGCCAGUGGGAUCUUCGUGCACUGACUAUCAAUGCACAUGUGUUAACUGCUUCACGGGACCAACCUGUGAUAUACUGCAAGAUCCAUGUGAAAACAAUCCCUGUUUGAAUGGAGGAACAUGCACUGGGUUAUCCUGUACGGAAAAUAGCUGUACAUGCGACGGAUGCUAUGUGGGACAAAACUGCCAGCAAUUCGAUCUUUGUUCGGACAACCCAUGUCAUAACAAUGGUGUUUGCCAACAGACAGGGGCUACAACCUUUGUGUGUAGUUGUCCUCUGGGAUACACUGGACUCAUCUGCUUAGAUGUCAAUGAAUGUAUCGUAAGCAAUCCAUGUCAAAAUGGAGCAAUGUGCACAGACACUGCUGAGUCUUAUACAUGUACAUGUGUCGGUCAGUUCACUGGCAUCAACUGCCAAUAUGAUAAGCCGACCAAUGGAAUCAACACGGUAUUGUUAGUUGCACUUAUCAUUGUUGGGUUGGUUGUCAUAAUUGUUCUUCCGAUUUUAAUUAUUGUGUGCGUCAAGUUGAGGAAAGCACAGAAAGAUCCUCAAAGAAACCGCGGGGAACAGGACCUCCGUGAUAUUGUGAGUGUACCCGCCAACGAUCCGUCUGUUGAAGCGGGAGGAAUAACUAAUCCAGCCGAAUCACCGAUCGAACUACACCCAAUGACACAGCCUGUUAUCUCAGGAGGAAUGUCCAACCCAGCCCAACCACCAAUCGAUAUACAUAUGACAGAAGAAGAAGUUAAAUAUGAGAACGCCGGUCUUCCAACUUGGGCAGUCAAGGAUAAACAAACAACAGCUGAAUACAAGUAACAAGCAAUAGGCAACAAAUGGAAAUAUGGUGGGUAAU